AAGCCGGGAUAAGUUUUGUAAUUAUUACGUGAUAGCUGAGAGAUUAGAUUGUGUUAGAAUAAUAUUUCUUAUAACUUUAUCUUUUUUUUCGAAAUUAAUGCUAAAUUUGUGAGCGGGGCAUCAUGAAAAAACGUCACAAGACGUUCGAUGUAAUCAGUCCGCGAGCUCAGUCCAGUCAUACGUCCGCUCUGACAUCAGUUGCUAAGAUGGCCGAGCUGAUCGCGAUACCGCUGAAGAAACCGUCCGACGUAGAUGUCGUCAAACCGUUGACAAACGUCAUUAAAUCAACUUACAAUUCGGCAGGCAGUGAAAAAAAUUAUUCCGAAGCUAUUAAUGAAUUUAGUAAGUUACGAAACAAUGCUCUGUGGCGAGCCUUCGAAAAGUACGAGUCUUCUCUUGAGGUUAUUUACAGUCUCGCGUUUUCGGCUUAGGGUUCAUUUUGAGUUUUCAAUAAGGUAUAAGAGAAUGCACUGUAGCAUUUUUCUUAUCAGUCUAAAUGAAGAUUAAUUGUAUCCGCAUGAUGCAAUCUACCAAGAAAUACCUCUGCUUUCCAGUUAUUAUGAUCAGGUGUGUGCCUUGGAAGGGAAGAUACCUGCCCAUGAAUUACAAAUACCAUUUAAAUGGAAAGAUGCUUUCGACCGUACUAUGUUCGGGGCGAAGUUAAGUUUAACAAUCAGCUCAUUAGCUUAUGAGAAAGUAUGUGUCCUUUUUAAUAUUGCGGCUUUGCAAAGUUCAGUUGCAGCAAUGCAGUUACUUGAAAGUGACGAAGGACUGAAAUUGGCAGCUAAGUUGUUUCAGCAAUCGGCAGGAAUUUUUAAUUAUUUGAAGGGAAACGUCAUGCUAGCCAUUCAACAAGAACCCACUCCUGAUAUGAGCCCAGAAACCUUAAGUGCAUUGUCAGCAUUAAUGCUUGCACAAGGACAAGAAAUUUUUGUAUAUAAAGCUAUUCACGAUGGUAUGAAAGAUGCAGUAGUUGCUAGACUGGCAGCACAUUCAGAAGAUCUGUACGCGGAAGCUCUGAAAUUGUUCCAAAAAGAGAUAUUCCGAGCAUUCUGGGAUAAAGAAUGGGUACCUUUGAUUGCAGGAAAGCAGGCCGGAUACCGUGCGAUGGCCGAAUUUUAUCAGUCAUUAGUUUGCAAAAGUACUAAAGCAAUUGGAGAUGAAAUAGCCCGGCUAGAGCAUGCAGUGGAACUGUUCAAAGCAGCACAGCAGCGAUCAAAUAAAUCAGAUUUAUUUCAAGACUAUGCUAAUAGAGCCCAAAGAAAUUUAGUGGAGGUUAAGAAGGAUAAUGAUUUUAUUUACCAUCAAAGGAUUCCAGACAUAAAAAGUUUAGAUCCCAUUGGAAAAGCCAGUGUUGCAAAAUUAUUACCAUUACCUGAACGCUUCAGUUCUAAUUUUAAAGACUUGUUUGCGGAAUUGCUACCUGUUACUGUCCAUCAAGCAUUAUCAUCUUACGAAAGUCGAAGAAGCGAAUUUGUUAAUGGAUUGAUUUCUAAGUUACGAGAAGCAACUCAAGAUCUCAAUGGUAUUUUAACGAGCUUAAACUUACCAGCGGCUAUUGAAGAUACAAGCGGGAGAGAAGUACCACAAUCAUUGCUCGAUAAAGCAACAUAUGUCAGACAGUCUGGCGGAAUAAACGCUUUAGAAGCAAACCUGAAUGAGUUACCAGAGUUGUUACAGCGUAAUAAAGAAAUAUUAGAUGAGUCGGAGAGAAUGUUACAAGAAGAAAACGAUUCUGAUAAUCAAUUAAGAGAGCAAUUUAAGGAACGCUGGACGAGAGUAUCCAGUGCAAAGUUGACUGAACAGUUUACUAUUAAUGCACAGAAGUACAGAGGAAUCAUUAAUAACGCAAUUAACGCUGAUAAAGUGGUUCGUGAAACAUUUGAAACCAAUCGAGAAUCUAUUGAAAUUCUCAGUGGUAAUGAGGGCGAUCUUGCCAAUGCAAUCCCUGCAGGAUCUGGAGUUCAAGAAAGUAAUGUUGUAACCAAUUUAAGAAGACUAAUGGAAGAAGUAGAGACCUUGAAAGCAGAACGUGACGUUAUUGAAAAUGAGCUCAAAUCCACUACUAUUGAUAUGAAAUCUAGGUUUUUAUCAGCAUUAGCUAAGGAUGGUGCGAUCGAUGAACCUAAUUUAUCUAUGGAAAGUAUUGGUCAAUGCUAUAGCGAGUUACAGAAACAAGUUCGAGAAAACACAGAUCGUCAAAGAGCAUUGAUUGAAGAAAUCCAGGCUAAGCAUGCAGAGUUUACAGCUGAACAAUCUGGUAGUGGAACUAAUCGGGAAGCAGUACUCUGCAAACUUGCAGCUGGCUAUGAUGCUUUCAAAGAGUUGAAAAGUCGACUGCAGGAGGGCAUUAAAUUUUACAACGACUUGACGAGUCUCCUGGUGGUGUUCCAAAAUAAAAUAUCCGAUUUUUGUUUUGCACGUAAAACUGAGAAAGAUGAAUUGCUGAAAGAUUUGACCACCAGCUUAAGCCAUGCAGGUCCAGCAACAACGCCGACAAUCCCAGCUCACUAUGGAGGAGGUCAACCUCAACCAAGCACUGACAGUACAUCACAACUACCGUACCCUACUCAAUUCCAUGGUAGUAUGCCUAUGCCGUAUGGAGCGACGCCCGCAACUCCUUACCCCACCUAUGUACCGCCUCCAAUGCCGGCGGCAUAUAAUCCGUAUGCAACUAUGCCUUACCCAAUGCAAGGUGGACAGGCCUACCCUUACCCUCCUCAAGGGCCUUACGGUGGAGCUGCAACUUUACCACGUUACGGCGGACAGCACCACCCUCAUGGACAAAAUUCUCCUUGUUAUAGCGUUAUCAGCUGGGCUACACUUCCUUACAUCAGUAGGUUUGUUCGCGUUGACUGCACUUUCUACACUCGAGUGUAACGACUGUACUACGCUUUUCUUGAAAAGUGUAGAAGGGUAGAUACACUCUCAUCGACGUCCCGAACGCCAGAAACCUCACGAAAGUCCAAGAUGACCGAUUUAGCAGAGUGGUACGCGAUUUUGAGGUUACCUGUAUCGGACAAUGAUGAAUACGAGAAUGUACCGCUUCUUCCAGCCUUCCUUCUUGAGCUGUCUUCGUUUUCUUCAAAUCCUACAAUUCGUUCUAUUACCUUGUAAUUGUAGAAGAUGAAAAUUCCUUUCGCGAAUUUCAGGUAUU